GAUAUAUUAGUCUAGAAAAACGAAAAACAAAAUUCAAAAUUAGCUGUCAUGGAAGAAUCAGAAGAUGAAUUUGCUUUUGAAACAGAUCAUUUAGCACUUCGGGGGAAUCAAGAUUAUUGUGAAUUGCUUAAAUACAUCGUAAAGUUAGAAGCCAUUAAAGUGAAAGCUUUAAAAGAUAUUGAAGAUAUAUCGGAAGCGCAAAGGAAAGCUCUAGAUGAACCUUUGCAAUUUGUGAAUGAUUUAAAGGAGAACAAAAUAGACUUCCCACCUCGGCAGACGGUUCCAGAUUUGCCAAAAAUCGAUUGGAACAAAUAUAACAUUGACAUAUCAGUGGAAUGUGAAGAACCAAGUUUUGUUAAAGAGGAAAUUGAUACAACAACCAAAGUACGGGGAAGGAAGUUUACUGAUAAUAAACCAGAAACAUUUAAUCAACUUUGGUCAUAUGAGGAACAAAAGCGACUUGAAGAAUUACUAGAAAUAUACCCUGAAGAGGUGAUAGAGGCUAGUAGAUAUAAAAAGAUUGCACAAGCCUUAGGCACAAGAACACCAAUACAAGUUAUGAGUCGGAUUCAAAAAUAUUUUGCUAAAUUGGCCAAAGCUGGGUUACCUAUUCCUGGACGUAUACCAAAGCGGAUUGCAAAAGACAAAAGUAAUUCAAUAUUUUAUAAGAAGUCAACAUUCUUCCCUCAAUUACAUGUGCCUGUUCGAAUGGAGGAUCCCUUAGACAACAUGGAAGCCUAUGACUGUAACACAUCAGAUACAAAAGGCAGUAAUAAAUUGAUUAUUGAUUUAUUGAAAUCUGCCAAAGAACAGAGAUUAUUGGAUGAAAUUUCACCGGUAUAUCAGACAAAUACAAUGUGUGUUGGAUGCAAUAAAACAGGAUUUUUAGGAGCGAGGUGGACAGAUAAUGCCGGCACAGACUAUUGCACUGAUUGCUUAGUAAAACUUUUACCAGCUGAUAAGUUAAUACCAGUUAGAAGAGUAUAAUAGUAUUUUAAUCAUGAUUAAAAAAAUAAUUGAUAGAUUUUUUUA